AUGACUGCACCAAUCCACAAAGUUGUCCAUGAAGCUCAAGAUGUUCAACCACGUUUUGCUCCAGAACACUUCUACAAGUCACAACCUGGACCAUCUUACAUCAAGGACUUAGAUCAAUACAAAGCCAUGUACAAUGAGUCCAUCACCAAUCCAGAUUCUUUUUUUGGGAAGAUGGCUACCGAAUUUUUACAUUGGGAUAAACCUUUUACCAAAGUUAAAUAUGGUUCCUUGGCUACCGGUGAUGUCGCUUGGUUCUUGAACGGCGAAUUGAACGCCUCUUAUAACUGUGUUGAUAGACAUGCGAUUGAGAACCCAGAUAAGGCCGCUUUGAUCUAUGAGGCUGAUGAUGAAUCUGAGAGUAGAACCAUCACUUUUGGUGAACUAUUAAGAUCUGUCUGCAAAGUUGCCGGUGUCCUAAAGAGUUGGGGUGUUAAAAAGGGUGACACUGUUGCUAUCUACAUGCCAAUGAUUCCAGAGACUCUGAUUGCUAUGUUAGCUGUGGCUCGUUUGGGUGCUAUUCACACAGUCAUCUUUGCUGGUUUUUCUUCUGGUUCCUUAAAGGAUCGUGUCGUGGAUGCCGGCUGUAAAGUCGUUAUCACUUGUGAAGAAGGUAAAAGAGGUGGUAAAACUAUCCAUGCUAAGAAAAUCAUCGACGAAGGUUUGAAUGGGGUCGACGCUGUUAGCCACAUUUUGGUGUUCCCCAGAACUAACAACAGAUCUGUCCCAAUGAAGGCUGGUAGAGAUUUCUGGUGGGAUGAAGAAAUUGCAAAACACAGAGGUUAUAUUCCACCAACCUCAUGUAAAUCUGAAGAUCCAUUAUUCCUAUUGUAUACAUCUGGUUCUACUGGUUCCCCUAAGGGUGUUGUCCACACCACUGCUGGUUACUUGUUAGGUGCCGCCAUGACCACAAGAUACGUUUUUGAUCUACAUCCAGAGGAUGUUUUGUUUACUGCUGGUGAUGUUGGUUGGAUUACUGGUCACACGUAUGCUCUAUAUGGUCCAUUAUGUUUAGGUACCACUUCUAUUAUCUUUGAAUCCACUCCAGCUUACCCAGAUUACGGUAGAUACUGGAGAAUUGUCGAACGCUAUAAAGCUACUCAUUUCUAUGUGGCUCCCACUGCCAUGAGAUUGAUUAAACGUGUUGGUGAAUCUGAAAUCUCUAAAUAUGAUAUCUCCUCAUUACGUGUCCUUGGGUCUGUCGGAGAACCAAUCUCUCCAGAUUUAUGGGAAUGGUACAAUGAAAAGAUCGGUAAUAACAAUUGUGUCAUUUGUGACACUUAUUGGCAAACAGAAUCUGGUUCUCAUUUGAUUGCUCCAUUAGCUGGUGCCACUCCAACUAAACCAGGUUCCGCUACAUUACCUUUCUUCGGUAUUGAAGCUUCUAUCAUUGAUCCAGUUAGUGGUGAAGAAUUACAAGGUAAUGAUGUUGAAGGCGUCUUAGCGAUCAAAUCCUCUUGGCCAUCAAUGACUAGAUCUAUUUGGAAUAACCAUAAUCACUACUUAAAUACUUACAUGAAUGCUUACCCUGGCCACUAUUUCACUGGUGAUGGUGCUGGGAGAGACCAUGACGGUUACUACUGGAUUAGAGGUAGAGUCGAUGACGUUGUUAACGUCUCUGGUCACAGAUUAUCUACUGCUGAAAUUGAAGCCACUUUAUCUACCAAUGACGACGUCUCUGAAGCUGCCGUUAUUGGUAUCAAUGAUGAAUUGACUGGUCAAGCCAUCAUUGCAUUCGUAUCUCUAAAGAAACAAACUGGCGAGGAUCUAAUGGAAGUCGAUCUUCACGCAUCCCCAGAGGAACUACGUCGUGAAUUAAUCUUGCAAGUCAGAAGUGAAAUUGGUCCAUUCGCUGCACCAAAGGCAAUUAUUACAGUUAGAGAUUUACCAAAAACUAGAUCCGGUAAGAUCAUGAGAAGAGUCCUAAGAAAAUGUGCAUCGAAUGAAGCUGAUCAACUAGGUGACUUAUCUACUUUGGCUAACCCAGAAAUCGUUCCAGCCGUCAUUGAUGCUGUGGAUAUGCAAUUCCUCAGUAUUCAAAAGAAGAAAUAG